AUGUUACAAUCUAAGCGAUACACAUCUAGACAACAGGACUCAGAAGAUAUUGUAAUAACACUUGUUUGUGGCGAUGUUUGUGGACACUUCAAGACCCUUUAUGCAAGGAUUAAGAAGGUGCUUUCUACAGCUGGCUCCUUCGAGGCCUUGUUUUGCGUCGGUGACUUCUUUGGUGAAAAUGGGGAAGAUUUUGAGAAACUGUGCGAAGACUCGUCAGCAGGCAUGCUCCCUUAA